UGUAUAACAACGCGUCUGCUCUCCGAAAUGAAAUGUCUAAUAAAGUAUUCGUUGCACAUAGUUUGUGUAAUUUUGGCAUGCGCACACACCUUAGCUACACCGUUAAUAGCGAAUCGAGAUAAAAAAAAGACCUCGAAUCCAUCGAAAUCGGAAGUCGAUAUAAUGCGAACAGCAAAGACCAUUUCAAUAUUAAACAAUAUGGAUACGAAAAUUGAUCCAUGUGAUGACUUCUACAAAUUUGCGUGUGGAAAUUGGACCCGCCUCUACCCUGCUACUACAUUGGAUCACUUGACAACUGGUCUGUUUGAAGAGUUGAGCUAUUUACUCGAUCGCAAAGCGGAGAAGCUUUUAACAAAUGAUCCAAAUUUCAAUUACACCGACAUCGACUAUAAAGUAAAGGACUUCUUUGAGUCCUGUGUGAACUUAGUUCAGAAGAAAGAAAACCUCAAGGAAGACUUAAUCCGCACUAUCGCCCAGUUUGGCGAAAUGCCUGCGAUCAGCGGAGCUAAUUGGAAUGCGGCUAAAUUCGAUUGGGUGGAGACAGUCGCAAAAAUUGCUCACAAAUAUGGCAAAGACAUCAUCAUAGGCAUGGAUAUAAUGACUGAUUUUAAAGACAAUAGCGUCAAUAGAAUUUACAUUGGUCAAGCGGAACUGCCUUUAGAAAGUCGUGUUAUGUAUUUGGAUAAUUCAACAGCUGUGUAUAGAGAUAGUUACAAAAGUAAAAUUCGCAAAGAGCUUGAGAAAUUUUUGGGAAUAGAUACACAUUUGGCUACGAAGACUGCAAAUGAAAUUGUGGACUUCGAAGUGAAUUUAGCGCGAGGUUUAAUUGAUGACACACUCGGUCAGAGUCUAGAUGAGUUAUCCAAACUCACAACCAUUGACAACUUGCAAGCCAAAUACGGCACAGUAAUAGACAUUAAAAAGCUGAUGAAUAUAACAUUGGGAGAAAUAGUUAAAGACAAAGUAUAUGAGUAUGCUGAAUCAUAUCAGGAGAACUUGUUGAAAAUUAUUCCCUUGACACCAAAAGCAACACUAGCUAAUUAUAUUUUCUAUACAUUCCUCAAUGAUUACAUGCUGGAUAUCGAUAAGUCACCAAAGAGACAGAAGAAAACCUGCAUUGAGAAGACCAAGUCAUAUUUUGCUAAGAAUGUUGAUAAUAUGGUCUAUCGUAGAUAUAGUACUGGUAAAACUGAACGAGAUGUCGAGUAUAUGUGGGAUAAGCUAAAAGAAACAUUCAAAAACAAGUUACUUUCAGAUGACUUAACCUGGAUAUCAGAACCGACCCGUCAAUAUGCACUUGAAAAACUCGAUGCCCUUCGAAUGGAAAUUAAUUCAUACUCAGAUCAUAAUUUUACCGAAGAAUUCGGAUCAUUAGUUACUAAUAAACACGAUUAUCUAGCAAAUGUUUUUGCUUUAUUAGAGUUGGAUACUAAAAGAUCUAUCGCAAAAUUACAUGAAAAGCCAAGACCCAUAGAAGCUGGGGAAAUACUAUCCUACACGCCGGCUAAUAUCCUAAUUGAAAAUGUCAUUAAAGUACCGGUUUCGAUUCUGCAGCCCUAUAUUAUGUGGGGUGACUACUAUCCAACAGCAGUGAAAUUCGGUACUUUAGGCGCAAUAGUAGGGCACGAACUUAUACAUGCGUUUGACGACACCGGACGUCGCUUCGACAAGGACGGCAAUAGUCGCGACUGGUGGGACGAGAGAUCCACAGAGAUUUUUCUUGAUCGAACCGAGUGCUUCAGCAAUCAAUAUAGUAAGUAUGAGUAUGGUGGACGCCCACUACCGAAGAGCGUAUCGCAAUCAGAAAAUAUUGCAGACAAUGGUGGUAUGCGGUUGGCAUACGAUGCGUAUCUGCGUUGGUAUGAAGAUGCAGACCGUGCUGGGGAUAACGUUGACAUGGAAACCCUACCCAAAUUUCCCUACAACUAUAAACAAUUGUUCUUCAUUAGCUUCGCACAAAUUUGGUGCAAUGAUGUCCAUCCUCAAGUCAAGCAUCUCCAAACAUCAACCGACCAGCAUGUGCCAGGCGAGUUUAGAGUAAUUGGACCUCUCUCGAACUACGGAAAAUUCGCGGAGGAAUUUAACUGCAAAGAAGGCAGAAAAAUGAACCCCCUCAAUAAGUGCGAAAUAUAUUAAACAAAAAAACAUUGCUAGGCCUAUGUACCUAUACAUAUAUAGGUAUAUAGUACCUAUGUGUGUGGUUCAUUAUCAGUCAUUUACCAAAAAUCCAUACACAUACUUAUGUAUACAUCUGUAUGUAUUUAUAUAUUGUAAUUUCGCUUUAAGAAUAACAUUAGAGGUUUAACACACAAAUUUGUUUCCCUGAAAAAUAUAAUCACAAAUUUAAGAUGAUAUACAACAAUAUGCGUUAUACUUAUAAUUCGGAUAUACUUGUAUACAUACAUACAUAUUUAUAUACGU